UCCACAAGUACAGUGACAGAGGCGAACAGAGGAAAUAUCUCCCCGUCGGAUUAGCUCGCCUCGCCGCCAUGGCCGCCGCCUCCCGAUGCCUCCUGCUCCGGGCAUCUGUCCCGGCGCCUGCGUCGACCCCGACAGAUGCUGCGAAGUCCCUGGCCUCCAUCGCCACCUCCUCCGGCGCCACCUCACGCGCUCUCAGCGCGGCCGUCUACCCGACCUCUGCCCGCCGUCUCCGGCCGCCGCCGCUCCGCGCUUCCUCGGAGGGAGGCUCCCCCGAGCCGGAGCUCGCUGUUCUUCUCGAAGUUGAAGGAGUUCUUGCAGAUGUCUACCGCUUCGGUAAUCGCCAGGCUUUCAAUGUAGCUUUUCAAAACCUUGGUCUAGAUUGCGCGAAUUGGACAGAGCCAAUAUACGCGGACUUAGUGAGGAAAUCUAGUGGCGAUGAGGAAAGGAUGCUGGUACUAUUCUUUGACAGGAUUGGCUGGCCUACAUCUUUGCCCACUAGUGAGAAAGGGUCAUUUACAAAAAGUGUUCUUCGUGAGAAGUUGAAAGCUUUGGAAGAGCUCUCUGCUUCUGAUGGCUUACCACUGCGGCCUGGAGUUGAAAAGUUUAUUGAUGAUGCACUUAGCAAGGGUGUGCCUGUAGCCAUAUUGGCAACAUAUGGCAGAAACGGAGAGAAGAUUUCAAGAUCCAUAGUUGAAAAGUUAGGCCCCGAGAGAACAUCGAAAAUAAAUAUUGUUGGAAAAGAAGAGGUUGAAAGAAGCCUUUAUGGACAGCUUGUUCUUGGUGAAGGAGUCGCCUCCAGUUUGGACGAGCAACUCAUUAGGGAAGCACAGAAGGCUGCUUCUGCAGAGAAGCAGAGGAUAGCAGAAGAGGUUGCAUCACUUCUAAAACUCAAUGUUGACAUCAACACAGCAUCAGAAAGCUCUGAGAAGAUAAUAACUACGCUGCGUGCUGGGUCUGAAUAUGCUGGGUGCGAUGUGCAAAACUGCAUUCUUGUUGCCGGCAGCCAACCCAGCGUCCUCGCAGCUGAGCGCAUUGGAAUGCCGUGCAUAGUUGUUCGAAGCAGCCUAACUGCCAGAGCGGAAUUUCACUCUGCGAAGGCCAUCAUGGAUGGAUUCGGUGACACAGACCUAACAAUAUCGAAACUACUCAGUAAGAAGUGGUCUUAAUAUAUAUGUAAACUAGUUACUGAAUGUGAGUUUCAGGCGAUGAAUCUGUAACCCAUCGACUAAGUGAUGAUCAAAAUGACGGACCAGCUGCUUACCGCUUUUUGUUCCAUUUGUGUGCUGUUGUUGUAACUACUGAAGCGCUGAACAUUAUACUGUUACUUGAAUAAUUUUGUUCUGUGCCCGAUCCACCCA